AAGUAGAUCAUGGUAUGCAGAAACGGUGGGCAUACGUAUUAAAACCAAAAUCGUAACAUUAUAAUUUGGAAACAUAUAGCCUACAAGAGUGCAUCUGAAAAUGAGUAAUGAUGUUGCAAAAAAGAGGGGGAAAGCACCCGGUGAGAGAAAGACGACUAAAAGAAAAGCCAAAAGAAGGGAGACUUACGCGGUGUAUAUCUACAAAGUCCUGAAGCAGGUUCACCCAGACACCGGUAUCUCGAGCAGAGCAAUGAGCAUAAUGAACUCCUUCGUCAACGACGUCUUCGAGCGGAUAGCGACAGAAGCUUCCCGACUGACCCAGUAUAACAAGCGGUCCACCAUCACCAGCCGUGAAGUGCAGACAGCCGUCCGCCUUCUGCUACCCGGAGAGCUCGCGAAACACGCCGUCUCUGAGGGUACCAAGGCGGUCACUAAAUACACCAGUUCAAAGUGAAACUUUAAUUCCUCCGGAAAUUGAGACACUUUAUAUGUAUUCAGUGCGUCAAAUGAAAAAUGCUGCACAGGUUCACUAUAGUAUGCAUAUAAAUCCGUACUAAUAGACCUACUUCCCAAUAUUACUAUCAGUAGAUCUGUGCAAAAUGUCACGCAGAAUAUUAUUUGACGACCUCGGAUGUAUCCAUUUGACUCGACGCAUUUUGUGGGGCAUUGUGGCAGGGCACUGCAAGAAGUGCAUUUUGUUUUGGCCAUGUUUAUUUUGUUAAAUAAAUAUGCGUGCACAGUA